AUGUGGAUGUUAAGCGUGAUGGUGAGAGAAAGUGAUGCGGGACCAGUUCAAAGAGACAACCAUAGUCCUGGUGAUGCUGUAAAUUAUAGGCCCGAAACUGAACCGGAAAUAGAUGCAACACACGAUCACGAAUUGAAUGAGGAAGACCCAUUCUAUCCAUCGUAUUCUCCAUUCCAAAGCCCGCCAUUGGGUCACUCAAGACCGUUCAUAUUUCAACAGGAAGCAGCAUAUAGCCAACGACCGAUUUCACCGUUCCAGCAACAACUUUCAUACGACACAUACCGAGGUGGAGGCGGCAGUGUAGGAGGUUACACACCUACUGAAGCAAGUUCCCUUGGUCUCUUGGGAUCGGGAAAUUUCGGUGUGAUACCAGGCGGUACAUUCUACAACGACAACGAUGGAGAAUCUAGCGGUUACGAAAAUAAGUUUGGGUCACUUUAUCAAAACGGACACGGUAGGCCGUCGUUAUUUUUUGGGCGGGUAGCGAAAUCCCGUCCCCAACAACAGGAGCAGUUUGCCAAUUUCAGAGAUUUUGCGGAUAUCAAUACACCUUCGUAUUCACAAUAUGUGGUAGUGUAUACAAACAAAAACGAUAAUCAGCACAAAGAUAAUCAAGAUAGUGACAAACGACCAAAAAACAUAAUCGAGCAGUUGGCAAUGAUUGAUCAAGAGAAUUCCACCACGUCCCGGCCAGAGAAAAAGAGGUCGAAGGGAAAACAGAAAUUGGCAGCGCUUCUGCCAGAAAAGAAGUGGUUAGCUAAACAAAUGAGUAAAAGUACAACCUCGUCGUCUGUAGACCUACACGAACCAUUGUUAGCUCUAAGUUGAUGCAAUUAGUGUUUUACUUUUGUGGACAAUUGGCAACUCUUUGUUAUAGAAAGGGUACGUGAUACUGGCACAUUAUGCAGGUCCGAAUUUAAUGGAAAAAUAUAUUUAUUUUGAUUCCUUCACGAAA